AUGGAUCCAGUAGCAGCAUUAUGCAAAUUUGAAGAUCAUGCUUACGAGCUGCUGGAGGAUCAUUUCAGUGAGAUGGGCCGACUGUUUGCACAGCUCCUUGUAAAGAUUGACAACCUGCAUGGCGCGAAAGAUGGCGGCGAUAUGCAGGAAGCAACAACAGCAACCUUCUCGCACUCUUUGCCUAUACUAGACGACCCUAUACCUCACCAAAUGACACAAGCUCUGACAAGAAAGAGUGAAUUUUGCUCCGACUCAGGCAAUGAAAAGCUGCUGGUCAGAGGGAGAAAACCGGGCCUCUGUUAUAUCACAAUAGCCCCGGAAAAGAUAGAGGCUGCAGAACUUAGCGCUCAUAUUCCUGGGAGAGCGACGCUACGCAAGAUUAAUCACAUAGCAGAUUCGGGCUCUUUAUCCUACCUUCAGUGGGCAGCACGCAAACUUCCAAGAGGCUGUCACAGAGUUUCACUAUGGGAUCUUUGUAGGUUGCCAUCCACAUUGCGCUCUCAUUUUGAUUCACCUAUGAGCCAUGUCUGCCGCACCAGAGAGAGAUGUCCGGAUGCUCGAUCUGGAAUCGGAUUUAUUUAUCUCCUAGCUGGAGGAAUUAUUUUAACAUGCUGUUCCAUGGGGUCUUAUGCAAUACUAAUCUUCAUCCCAGCCCUCGGAUCCAUACUGUUGUUUCACACGGUCGGAUGGCAGUCCGUUCAUAGGUGGGCAUUUCUGUUGCAAAUGGCCUGGCAGACAGGAUGUCAUUUAUGGUUACUGUACAAAGAAUAUUACUUGCAAGAAACCAUGGGUACAAGGUUGUCCAUUGUGAUUUCAUCCCUUAUGCUUUUAACCCAGAAGAUAACUUCUCUUUCUUUGGAUAUUCAUGAAAGUAAACUGGCCUACAGUACUUUGGUUUUCCUCUGCUACUUAUUGUUUUUCCCGGCACUACUAGGAGGUCCUUUGUGCUCCUUUAUGAAGUUUCAUCAGCAAGUCAAUAGCACAGAUAUGCUUAAAACAUCUUGGCCCAUCUGGAUGAUUACCAAAGGCAUUGUCUCCGCGUUUUUAUUGCAGUUACUCAAAGCUUUAGUGUCUGGGAGCAUUCAAUGCACUCUUAUGGACUGUAGGCAAUUAAAAUGCAUAUACUACAUGUGGAUCACCGCCCUUCUCUUUAAACUGACAUACUACUCCCAUUGGUUACUUGAUGAGACUCUAUUUCGUGCUGCUGGCUUUGAGGUUGAAAGUGGUCAAGAUGCCGAGUUGAGGACAAACUUUUCUGACACAGACAUUUGGAUCCUUGAAACAACUCACAGAAUCUCAGUGUUUACCAGAACAUGGAACAAAAGUACAGCAAUGUGGUUGAGAAGACUUAUAUUUCAGCGUUGCAAGACCCAUUCUUUACUCAUGACAUUUGCCUUUUCAGCUUGGUGGCAUGGAUUGUACCCUGGGCAGAUUUUUGGUUUCCUGUGCUGGGCUCUAAUGGUGAUGGCUGAUUAUAAAAUACAUAGAUGUUUAGAUUGUUGCCCAAAAUCCUGGCUCAACAAAUAUCUUUAUAAAUCGUUUACAUGGAUUCAAACACAGUUAAUUAUUGCAUUUAUUAUGAUGGCUGUUGAAGCUAGGAGCUUUGGAAUUGUGUGGGCCCUAUGCACGUCUUACAACUGUUUCUUUCCUCUUUUGUACCUUGUAUCUAUGGUUUUCUUAAAUAAAAGAACAUGAAUUGUG